AUGUCCCUCGUCGACGCCGAGCUGGCGACGGCGCGGGCGGGCAACAAGCUGCGGCGGCACGCGCCGGCCGAGCCGCCCGCCGAGGGCGAGUUCUCCAUCAAGUCGGCGCGCGAGCACGUGGCGGCCCCCGCCUCUCUGGCCCUGCAGAACGCCUUUGCCGCGCUGCAUUCCGGCGCCACCUCCCCCGCUGGCAGCAUCGGCGCCUCUGGCGCCGGGGAGGAUGCCGGGGAUGGGGAGGAGGAGACAGAGGCCUCCUCCUCCUCCGACGCCGGCGGGUCCACAGACCAAUACGAGAGCGCGGCCCCAAGCCGCAUGGCCUCCGCGCUGACGGCCUUCGCCUCCGCCGCCAGCCUGGGCAGCCCGCUGGCGCCGCAGCGCAGGUCCUCUGGCAGCGAGGGCGAGGACGCCGCGACUUCGGCGCUGCGGGGCGCCAGGCCGGCCGAGGCGCGGCACACGCCGUCGGGCCUGCAGCGAUCCGCACGCCAGGGCGCCUGUGGCCGCCCGGCCGCCCCGGCAGUGGUCACCUCGCCCGGCAGCCAGGGGCCCCGCAACCUGUUUGCCCGCCACGGCUUCCUGCCCAAUGCCCUGGACAUGACCUGCCUGCAGCAGGCGGAGGGAGGCCGCCCACAGCCUGGCGCGAUGGAGUCCCCCCUGAAGUCGGCCGCCACGGUGGCGCCCAACCCCGCUCCCUGGGGACCCGGCGGCGAGGGGGCCCAAAGCCUGUGGGCGGCGCCGCUCGCCGCGGACGGCACGCUGCCCUCCUCGCCCUUCGCGUCGCCCCACGCCCAGCGAGACGCGGACGAGGCGCGUCGGGCCCACGUCUCGCACAAGACCGCAGACACCGUGAAGGGCAGGCCGUCUGCGGCGCCGCGCGGCCGCCUGCCGCUCGCGUGGGGCCAGUCUCCGGGACGGGAGGGUGGUUUGACUGCCGGGGCCAGCCCCGGUGGCGUUCGAGAGGCCGCGGGGCAGCUGCGGGCCAGCCCCGGCGGUGCGGAGGGCGUGCCGGGCCGCCGGCCGGAGGACGCCAGCCCCCGCGGCUUCCCAAGGACGCUGGCCAACCCCCUGUGGCACGCCCCCGAGCCCCAGCCCGCACCCGCCCAGCCCGCAGGCGGCCUGCCGGACAACCCCUGGUCGAGCCCCGCGCCCCCAUCCCCGGGGGCGCAGGAGCCAGCGCCCAGAGUCAGCUCCGGCCCCUCCAGCCCCGAGCCCGUCCCGCUGGGCGCCCGCUCGCCGCAGCCGUCGUCGGCCAGGGGCCUGGCGGCGGCCGCGACCUCGCGCCUGGCCUCGCUGUUCUCGGCCGUCACCCGGUCCAGCCCGACGCGGGGCGAGGCGGCCGCAGCGGCCAAGGCCCACCUGCCCGCCGGGGCGGUGGCCGUGCCGGGGUCUGUUUCCGCUGCCAAUAAUGUGGAGGCCGGGGGCGACGUGGCACGCAUGCAGGCGGACGCCAAGGCCUGGGCCAAGGCAGGGAGGGGGGCCCACGCCGACAAGCUGGCCUCCGCGGGCCACACAGCCGAUGCCGUGGACCCUGGCCAGGCCCCGGGCAUGCCAGGCAUCGCCGAAGCCACCGGAGCAGAGGAGGGUGCCGAGACCCCUGCCGCACCGUCCCAGCGCCACUCCCGCCGCUUCUCGCUGGCCAUGGACGAAUCCCUGGCCGAGGCCCUGGACAGCCCCCACGGUGCGUCCCUGCUGACCGGCGGGGAGGCGUUCAGCGACGCGCGCGGCACCAGCCUGACCCCGAGCACGGCUGCCCCGCAGGCCAGGCCCCUCUUGUCCCCGGUGCAGAGGCAGGGGCCGGCAUCGUCGCCAGCCGCCGGCGGCGGCGUGUCGCCACGAUGGCCUGGGGCCGCGGAGGCACCGCGGGACCUGCGCCUGAGCGACGAGACCCUGCGACGACGCGAGAGGGCCGCGGCCACCGCCGCGGCCGCAGCCGGCGCACAUCCCCACGCGGUCGUCGACCAGGUACCAGCGGCCGCCACCAGGGUCGCCGAGGACGAGGCGGCGCGGGUGGCCCAGUACUGCCGAGACCUGGAGGCCAAGGCGCGUGUGCGCGAGCUGCGCGGGGAGGUGCUGGAGCUGGAGGGAGAGCUGGAGGCGGCGAGGGGCGAGGCCGCUCGCGUCCCCGGGCUGGAGAGCCCCCACCCGCUUGUGCAAGCAAACUCGACAUCUGAGCAGACCUAUGCCAAGCCAGCUACAGCAAGUGAGGAGUAUGUCCUGGACUCUGACUUCCGUAUCGAGCGGGUCUCAUUCGGUACCAUCCUGAGCCCCCUGGGCCUGGGUCUCAUGGUGUACGGCUUCUGCGCCUACUUCUCCCUCCUGCCCGGCGGCGACGUCUCCAGCCUGCUGCUCAUUUAUGGCUUUCCCCUGACCCUUCUCGGCUUCGCGCUCUCCUACGCGCAGCUGCCCCCCGUGCCCUGCCGCAGCGUGCCCAGCGCGGUGGCUGCCAGGGAAUCACAAGCCACAGACAUCCAGAAACAGGUUCGGGAGGAUGUGACGAGGUUCAGGUAUGGGGACGAGCAGCAUCUCGACGAGGCGCUGGUCAGGAUCUUCAAGAUCGGGCAGCCGCGGGGGCUGGCCCGGCGCCUGACCCCCAAGCUGAAGGGGGUGCGGGAGGAGGUCCGGGGCCCGGAGAAUGCCUACACGCUGGUCCUGGAGUUUGCCGCAAAGCCCCAGAUGGAGCGGUCGGCCUGGGAGGAGCGCCAGGAGAAGUUCCAGUCCUUCUUCGGGCCGGGGGUUGUGGCCCUGCUUGAGCCGACUGAGGAGGGCAUGGACGUCGUGCUGGUCGUGGAUGGUAGCGGAGCCGGCAGGGGUGGCGGGGAGAAGAAGGAUGUGCUGCCGCCCCUCCUUCCUGGACUCAAGCCCCGGCAGCAGGCAUAA